AUGGAACCAUACCUGGAAUCAGAUCUAGAACGUUAUACAAAACUUCUUGAAAAAUAUCCAGAUCUAAGAAAAUAUAGUAUCUUAAUAGAACGUCAUAUUCAAGGUUUAAAUAAUAUUCAUUCAAUCAAUAAUUUUAAAGAAAUAUAUAAUUUAACAAAAAAUAUUUAUAAUAAAGAAAUUUUAUUUGAUCAUUUAAUUGAAUAUUCAGAAAUCAAUAAAUCAAUCAAACAAAAACAAUUAAUACCUGAUCCAAAAUCAAUUCAAAAAUGUUUUCAUAUAAUUAAUACAUUAGAAAAAUAUAUAAAUAAAGAUCAAAUUAUUAAAUUAACUAUACCAAUACAUAUAUUAAAUGAUUUUACUAAUUUAUCAUCAAAAGAAAUUGAUAUUUAUAAUAAAUUAGAUAAAGAAAAAUUAUUAUUAACAAAAGUACGUUUACAAAUGAAACAAUUUAAUCAAUUACAUAAUCAAAUUGAUCAUACUGAUCAUACUAAUCAUGAUCAAGAUCAGAAUCAAUCAUUAACAUUAAAUAAUAUAACAUGGAUUAAUUAUUUAGUUUUAUUUAUUAAUCAAUUAUUAAAAUUAUUUAAAAAAUCAAUAACAAAUUUAUUUAAUAAUAUAAAAUUUAAACAACAAUCAAAAUUACAAUUAAGUAAUGAAAUUGAAGCAGAAACUCAUUAUUAUUUAUUAAUGUAUUCAACAGAACAAUUAAAUAUUCAAUUAAAACCUUAUAAAUAUAUAAUAGAUAAUAAUGAUGAAAAUGAUUUGAAUAUAAAUAAUAAUAAUAAUGAUGAUUAUUAUUAUAAUUGGAAUGAUAAAUUAAUGCAUAAAACACGUAAUCGUGAAAUCAAUAUUAUUAAAAAUUAUUUAAUAGGUAAUUCAAAACUUCCAGGAAUCAUUUAUGGACCACCAGGUUCUGGUAAAACUAGUUUAUUACGAUGGACAGUGAAUUAUUUUAUGCAUAUUCAUUCAAAAUCUGAAAUCAACAAUCAAUCAAUAUCGAAUUCAAAUCAAUUAUCAACGAAUUUAACUACAAUAGAACCAAUUAUAAUUGUAUGUUGUAUUGGUCGUACCUAUUUAUCAACAUCAUUACAAUCUGUAUUAUUACAAAUUAUUGAACAAUUAAUAAUGAAAUUAAAUAUAAAUUAUUCUAAUAUUAAAUCAUUAUGUGAAUAUGCAGAAAUUGUACGUUUAUUAAAUUUUAUAUUAAAUUUAGCUAAUCCAUUAAAACCAAUAUUAAUAUUAAUUGAUAAUAUAGAAUUAUUAUAUCCAGAUGAACAUGUACAAAUGUUUCAAUGGUUACCAUAUGAAUUACCUAAUCAAUAUAUUCGUUUAUUAAUUACAACAAAUUCAGAAAAAAUUAUACAAAAUUUUACAAAACGUUUUGGUCAAGGUUGUUGUAUUAAUUUAUCAUCAUGUUAUUCAUUAAAUGAUAUAAUCAAUAAUAUUUUACCAAAAUUAAUUCGAAAAAAUUUAAAUUUAAAUAUAUCAAUAAUCAAUGAAAAAAUCAAUAAUCAAUUAAUCAAUUUAAAUUUAGAAAAUAAUAUUACAUUAAGUUAUAUAGAAUUAUUAGCUGAUAUAUUAACUAUACAAUUAAGUAAUAAAAUUAAUUUUAAUUUACCUAAUUUAUUACCAAAUGAUUUAUGUCAUUUAUUUAUUAUACGUUUAAAACAAAUUUAUAUUAUUAUGAAACAACAAAGUAUAUUACAUUUAGCAUUAUUACGUUUUAUGCCAUAUAUAGCAUGUUCACGUUAUGGUUUAACAAUGAAUGAAUUAAUUGAAUUAUUACAAAAUGAUAUUUAUAUAAUACAAGCAAGAAAACAAUAUAAUACAAUGAAUAUAUCAUUAAAAUAUUUUCCUAUUGGUUGUUUAUUAAAUUUAUUAUAUUCAUCAAUUUAUGGUAUAAAUAAAUAUUUAAUGUUUAUUAAAACAGAUAAUCGUUUAUUAAUAACAUUUAUACAUGAAUCUUAUCGUUUAAAUAAUGGACAUGAUGAUUAUGAACAACAAACAAAACAAAUUGGACAUUCAUAUGAAAUAAAAUCAAUAAAUAAUAAUAAUAAUACUACUACUAAUAAUAAUAAUAGUAAUAUAGAAUAUAAUGAAGAUUCAUUUCAUACUAUGUAUUAUUGGUUAUCUAUGAAUCAAUCAAUGAAAUUAAAUACUACUGAAAUAAUUUUAGGAACAUCUAAUAAAUAUUAUAUAUGUAAUACACGUCGUCUUACAGAAUUACCAUAUCAAUUAUUUAAAUUAGGUACAGAAACAAUACAAGAUUUAUUAAAAUAUGUCAUUUUUUCAUUUGAUUAUAUAUUUAGUAAAUUAUUAUUAGGUUUAAGACCAAAUGAUAUAAUUACAGAAUUUUAUUAUUUAAGACAAUUAAAUCAAUUAAGAAUUAAUGAUGAAAUUAUGUAUUUAUUAAAUUUAUUAAGAAAUUUAUCUAAUAAAUUAUCAAUGAUACCAACAAUAUUAAAUAUUGAAUUAGCUGGACGUAUUGGACAUUUAAUCAAUACAGAAUAUAUAAAUAUAAGUCGUUUAUUAUUAAAUAGUAUUGAUUGUGAUUCAAAUAAAGUCAAUUGUUUAUUACCAUUAUUAACUAUAUGUUAUCAAUCACCAUUACAACCUGAUUUAUUAAAUAUUCAAUAUAAAUAUAAUAAUAUAGGAUUAUAUAAAUUUAUAAAUGAUAUAAAUAAACAAGAAAUAAAUGAAAUUAUAACAAUUUCAUCAGAUUCAAGAUUUUUAUUAACAUUAACAUUGAAUCCAUUGAAUCAAUUAAAUAAUCAAUUAAAUAUAAAUAAUAAUGAAAUUAUUAUUCAUUUAUGGGAAGUAAAUUCAUUAACUAAAUCAUGUUCAUUUAGUCUUGGUAAAUGGAUAAAUUAUAAAUUUCAUCAAGCUUAUAUGCCAAUACAUAAUAAUCAAUUAGUUUUAUUAACAUAUUCAAUAAAUGAAUUAAAUGAUAAAAAAUAUGGAAUUUUAUCAAUUAAUUUAGAAUUAGGUUAUAUUGAAGGAAAUUUAUAUGUGAAAGAUCCAAUUCAAUUAAAAAUUUUAUGUAUUACACGAUCUAGUAUAUUAAUUAAACAAUAUAUACCUAAAGAAAAUAAUAAUAAUAAUAAUAAUCAAGAUUAUGGAAUUGUUUAUAGUAUACCAAAUUUAAAACCAAUCAAUAAUAUAUUAACUAAAGUUCCAUUACCAUUUUAUAUAUUACCAAAUGAUCGAAUUUAUUUUGGUACAUCAAAAUGGUUUAUACCAAUGAAAACAAGUAUAGAAAAAAAAAGAAAACAACAAAUUAAUCAAAAUGAAUUAAAACAAAUAAAUAAUAAUGAUAUACAAAUUCGAUUAAAAAAUACAAUAAAUGAUGUAAUAGCAUGGAUAAAAUGUCCUUUAGCAUCUAAUAUAUUUCAAUCAAAUAUAAGAGGUGAUAAUUUAUUUAUUGGUUGUAAAAGUUUAGGUCAAAUAUAUCGAUUUGAUUUAACUAUGAUAUCAAAUAAAGAAAUUCGUACUUUAAAGCCAAAUUUUGAAUUAAAUUUAUAUAAAAAUUUAAAAACUAUACAAAUGAAAUCAUUAUCAGAAGUAUCAUUAGAAAAGAAAAUGAAUAUACCAUUUUUAUGGGAUUUAGAAACUAUAAAUAUAUUAGAACAAGUACGUCAUCAAGUUAGUGUAAAAAAAUUAUGGAUAUCACCAGAUGAAAAAUAUUUAGCUGCAUUAUAUAAUAUUAAUAAUUAUCGUUUCAUAAUAGGUAUAUGGCAAAUACAUUUAAAGUUAUUAAUUGCUGGUUUACAAGGUUAUCAUCAUAGUCAAAUAAGAUUUGGUAAUGAUAGUAAUAAUUCAUUUUUAAUACAUUUUAUUAAAUCAUCUAUAAAUAAAACAUGGAUUGAAUUAAUUGAAUUAAAUACUACUCAAUCAAUACAAGUAACAUCUAAUGUAACUAUGAAUAGACCAAUAACCAAUACUAAUAAAUCAAAUACAAAUAUAUUUGUAAAAAUACAUAGAAUAGAUACAUUUAAAACAGCUAUCAAUGAAGCAUAUUUUAUACGAGGAGGCAAUUUAAUAAUUGUGACAAAUGGAAAUAUUAUAUUAACAAAUAUAAAUGUACUUAUAUUAGGUUCAAAAAAUCAAGGACCUAUGGCAUUGACACCAAUUGGUAAAAAAUUAUCUACAGUUAAUUAUCAUCCUGAAUUAGAUAUUAUUUAUUCAACUGAAAUUAAUAAUCAACAAUUAUUCUCUUAUUAUAAUCUUAUAACUCAAAAACUUAUAUCUGUUGAAUAUACUAAACCAGAUAUACAAGAUGGUUUUAUGAAUAAUUUUCAAACAGAUUUUUUAAUGACACCAAUAUUAGAAGAUACACCAUAUGAACGUCAUUUAAGUUCAGAUGGAAAAAGAUUAGCAUUAGUUUAUCGUGUGAAAAAUAUAAUUCAUGAUAAUAAAGUUGAUCAUUCAAAAGAAAAGAUUGAUGAAGAAUUGAACAAUGAAAAAAAAGAAUAUAAGAAACCAAAACUUCCAAAUAUAAAUUACUAUACAUCAUUACAAGAAAAAAAUAAUGAUUCAUCAAAUAUGGGAUAUGAUCAAACAGUAAUUCGUUUAUAUGAUUUAGAUAAUAAAAUUGGUGGCACUGGAUUACGAUGUCAAAUAUCUAUUAUUGGAGAAUUUAUAUUUCAUAUGUCAACAAAAUAUGGUAUAUAUACUUUGAAACCAGAUCAUGCUAGUAAUACAAAAUUGUUUAAUUUAACAAAUUUACAUAAAAAUUAUUCAAUAAAAGAUAAUCAAAAUAAAAUUGAUGAAAAACCUCAAGCUUUAUUAUCACGUUAUGAGUCUACAAAUGGACGAUUUUUAGGAUAUUCAUUUUUACAACAUCCAGUUAUCAAAGGUACAAAAAUUAUAUUUAAUGAUCAAUAUUUAGUAUUAUGUUGUGGAGAAAAUGGACAAUGGAUUCGAUUGUUAGAAGCACCAGAUUUUAAAAAAUUAAUAUAUGAAAUAAAUUUACAUAAAUUAUUAAAAGAACAUGAUGAUUUAUGUCGUACACCUAAUGUUCAACGUUUAUUUACAUGUGAAGCACAACCUACUAAAGUUAUUAUACAAUAUAUAUGGUUAGAACAAGAAAAUUCAACAUUUAAUAUAAUAGUGUUAGAUUUAAAAAAUAAACAAAAUAAUGAUUUAAUUAUUAGUCAAAUGUCAAUUGUAGAUAAACUAAUUGAUGUUUCCUCAGAUGGUGUUUAUGGUAUAGAUGCUAAUUUAAGAUUAAUUAAUUUUCAAAAUGGAAGUAUAUUGGCUUUAUUAAAUUCACCGAAUCUAAUACCUGGUACACAAAAUGAUCCUAUAGUAUUAUGUGCUCAAUUUACACCAGAUAAAUUAUAUAUUGUAUGUGUUAUAUACUCAAUGGAAUAUCAUAAUGCAUGGCUUGUUAUAAUACACAAUAAUCAAGUUCAUAAUAACUAUCCAGUUAUUGGUAGAGCAUUGUUAACACCAAUUGAUGAAGUGAAAUCGAAUUCAUCAGAAUUACCAUUAAUCAAAAUUCAAUUAGGUUAUAAUGGUCGAUUAAUUGUUGUCAAGUUAGAUACAUUUAAAGAAUUUAAAAUAUUCACUAUAAGAAAACAAACAAAAUAUCCAAGUGUAAUUCAUUCAACUGCAAAUGAUCGAAUUAAACAUUUAUUACCAAUAAAUAUGAAUACAAUUGAUGAAACUAAUUCAUGGUCAAAUAAACAAAAAAGAGCAAAAUAUUUAGAUGAAUUAUUUACACGUUUUUCAGAAUCAUUAUCAAUCAAUAAUACAAUCAUUGAAACUAAUAUUGAUUAUAAUAAUGAUUUAAUCAAUAAUAAUGAUAAUAAUAAUGAUAAUGAUCAUCAUAAUGAAGAAUUAAUUGAUUUUAGUAAAUAUGGUUUUGAUUUCAACCUCACUAAUAAUAUAUUUGAUCAAGUUUAUAAUAAGAUAGAUAAUAUACCUAUAUAA